CACGUGCGGACAGCUCACACGGGUCCAAAAUCAAUUGAUAACUUUCUUUCCUCAUCUCCAUCUUUCUCCACCAGUGUCUGCCGCUGGUCUGUCUAACCUAUAAAUAACAACCCCCGAUCCCAAUCCAACGGUCUCUCCCUCUAUUUCUUUCCUGCCUUUUUUUAACUUUCCCUACCUCUCCUCCCUCUUCGAAUUAUUAAAAUUACGCGGUCUCUCACCCCUUCUCUUCUCUCUCUCCUCUCUUUCUUCUCUUUUGUCCCCCUCUCUCUCUUUCUCUCUGCUCUUGCCCUUCUAUGGCGAUCUGAGUACAAAGUCAUCAAGGGCAGGUCGAGAGAGAAGAAGAAGCUGCUGCUCCUCCUAAACUUCAGAAGCUUCUUUUGUUUUGACCGACGAGGUAGAUAGAGAGGAGAGAGAGACGGUACGAUGUCUACAUUGGACUCUAUCGAUUCGUUUCUCUUCUAUCUUAGCAGAGCCUUUUGUAGCCCUCUCGCCGUUUUCAUCCAGAUCCAGUUGAACCCAAAAUGUUUUGGAUUAAGGCUUUGAUGAUGACGAUGGCGAUGGCAAUGAGUCUUCUGUCUUAAAAUCUUGUUGUUGCUAGAUAGUGCAUUGAAUGGACUAACUUGACGCCUCAGAAGUCAGAACACUAUCAACAUCUCAAUUAAGUUAUUCUAAACAAAGGAUGUUUUAUUUGCUUAGCUUUAGCUCUUGGGUGGGCUUUGGCAGCUUACGUCAGGAAUAGAGAAAUCAAACAAAUGAAGGAUAGUAUCAGAGGAGGCAAUAGCUUUGCGUUUCUUUUUCAUGAUAUUAAUGAACUCGAGCACUCUAAUCAGGUUAAUCUACCUAGAGUGACUGUUGUUAUGCCUUUGAAAGGGUUUGGAGAACACAAUUUACACAAUUGGAGAAGUCAGAUCACGUCUCUCUAUGGUGGUCCUCUAGAAUUUCUUUUCAUGUUGGAAAGUACAGAAGACCCUGCCUACCAUGCUGUGUCUCGGUUAUUAUCAGAGUUUAAGGAUGAUAUUGACGCUAAAAUUAUUGUAGCUGGUUUGUCUACAACUUGCAGUCAGAAGAUUCACAACCAAUUGGUUGGGGUGGAGAAAAUGCACAAAGAAAGCAAGUAUGUACUAUUUUUGGAUGAUGACGUGAGGCUGCACCCUGGGUCAAUUGGAGCACUCACAGCGGAGAUGGAAAAAAAUCCUGAGAUAUUUAUUCAAACUGGGUAUCCUCUUGAUUUACCUUCUGGAAGUUUGGGGAGUUACUGUAUUUAUGAGUAUCAUAUGCCAUGCUCGAUGGGGUUUGCCACUGGUGGAAAAACAUUCUUCCUUUGGGGUGGAUGCAUGAUGAUGCAUGCAGAUGACUUCAGACAUGACCGCUAUGGAGUGGUUUCAGGACUUCGAGAUGGUGGAUAUUCUGAUGAUAUGACUCUUGCUGCUCUAGCUGGGGCUCAUAAGAGGCUGAUCACAUCACCUCCAGUUGCUGUUUUCCCGCAUCCCCUUGCAAGUGAUCUUACUUUCGCAAGAUACUGGAAUUACUUGAGGAAGCAAACAUUUGUCUUGGAAUCAUACAUAUCAAAGGCUAACUGGAUAAUGAACCGUGCAUUGUUCUCUACUCAUUGCUAUCUGUCAUGGGGAUUUCUAGCGCCAUACUUCAUGGCUAUGAUUCAUGUUGCAGUAGCGCUGAGAGUAUAUAUCAAGGGUUAUACUUUAGAGGAAACAAAGUUUGUUUCCAGCGGGUUGUUACUGGUAAACUAUCUAGCUGUAUGUACCUUCAUAGAACUUCUUUCUAUGUGGAACUUGACAAGAAUAGAAGUUCAAUUGUGCAACUUGUUGUCCCCUGAGGCACCACGACUCUCCCUUGCUUCUUAUAACUGGGGCCUUGUAUUUAUUGCAAUGCUGGUCGAUAAUUUCUUAUAUCCCAUUUCAGCAUUUCGAUCCCACUUUUCGAAGAGUAUUAAUUGGUCUGGUAUCCGAUAUCAUAUAAAGGAAGGAAAAAUAUGCAAGAUUGAGAGGAAAAAAGAAAGUGGUUCAAAUUUUACAGACUUGGCAAGAAAGCAUUUGUAUGGGAAGAAAGGAGCUCCCCCUAAAACAUCUCUACUUGGUUCUUUGACAAGAAGUUUGCCGCAAUGGCGUCAGCCUAAGAAAUUCGAUGUCUAGGAGUUGUUUCAGCAAUCAAAUUCUUGUGAUUAUUUUGUCUGCCUUUCUGGGUUUGGUGGUGCUCCUGCAUAGAGGUUGUUCCUUCUUUUAAACGAUUGAUUUUAGUUUAGGCAUUUUUUGCAUUUCUUGUCCCCAUUCAAUCAAUCGAUCAAUCAAAUCCCAUUCUUCAGUGUAAACCCAUUUUGUUUGUUUUUCAUUGAUUUGUAUUCAUUUUCUCUGUAAUACACUUCAUUAACAAGUGGAGGCAGUAGCCGUGUUUAUUCUUA